UAGGAGGUGCAUAUAGAGGAGCUUCUCUCUUCAUUUUCCAUUUAACGUCUCCUUCCCAACUCCCAGCUUUGAUUGCUACUGUCUUCUCUCCAUCUCACUUGAGAUCAGACGCAGCUUGCCUAAACAUGGCAGAGAGAGCACUGAAGUACUUCUAAGCCAUGCAACUUAAUCGAGAUACUCCAAGCCAUAUCAACAAGAAUGUGAGGAAACCAUGAACUUUGGCAAGGAUCAACUGCAGCAGGAUAUGAUGGAGCUUUAUGUUGGCUAUCUGGAAAAUAGCAUACCUCAUCUUGAACAUAGUAGAAGCUCUACAUCUUCAUUUGCAACCUCCAGAAGGAUGGGUAUAUAUGAACCGAACCACCAAAUUGGCAUGUGGGAAGACUCGUUUAAAGCUGAUAGCAGUCAAAAUACAUGUGCAUCAACAAUUGUGGAAACAGACACGAAACUUGAUUAUAUGGCAGAGCUGGAGGAUAUUCCUCGCAAGGAACUAGGACAACCAAAGAAGUAUGGUCAGGAAACAAGCCAUUCUUCAGACAAGGUAUUAAGACGGCUUGCACAGAAUCGAGAGGCUGCUAAGAAAAGUCGUCUGCGGAAAAAGGCUUAUGUUCAACAACUAGAGUCAAGUCGUCUAAAACUGGCCCAGCUAGAGCAGGAGCUUGAACAGGCUAGACAGCAGGCUGUGUACAUUGGUGGGCAUUUACGAGAGACGAAUAUUGGGUUGUCAGGAAGUGUUAAUUCGGGGAUUGCUGCUUUUGAAAUGGAAUAUGGACACUGGGUUGAAGAACAGAAUCGGCAAACUAGUGAUUUAAGAACUGCGCUACAAGCACAUGCAUCUGAUGUUGAGCUUGAAAUGCUUGUGGAGAGCGGAAUAAGACACUAUGACAAUCUUUUCCGAAUAAAAGCAGUCACAGCAAAAUCUGAUGUCUUCUAUCUUAUAUCCGGCAUGUGGAGAACGCCCACAGAAAGGUUUUUUCUCUGGAUUGGCGGAUUUAGGCCAUCAGAGCUUCUAAAGGUAGUCUCAUCACAACUAGACCCUAUGACAGAGCAACAAAAGAGCGCUGUGUCAGGCCUGCGGCAAUCUUCACAACAAGCUGAAGAUGCUCUUUCGCAAGGAUUGGAGAGACUUCAGGAAACUCUUUCUGAAACACUAACAUGUGACCCUUCAGGCACACCUGGUGUCACAAAUUACAUGGAACAGAUGGCAAAUGCCAUGGGAAAGUUGGAGGCUCUUGUAAGCUUUGUGAACCAGGCAGACCUCCUUCGGCAACAGGCCUUGAGGCAGAUGUACAGCAUCCUCACAACCCACCAAGCAGCACGAGGCUUGCUUGCCUUGGGUGACUAUUUCCAACGCCUUCGUGCACUUAGUUCCUUAUGGGCUGCUCGUCCUCAUGAUCCAACUUAGCAAUCUUGAGAUCAAGCACCAUGGUAACUUGAUGUUUCAGCACCAGCCACCAAUCAGCUGGCCGAGGGAAUUGACAUCUGCAAUUUGGUUACCAUCAACCAUCCUGGAGCACUUCUUUCUGGAAUUUAUUCAGCACUCAAACUGGAAAAGGUGCCCUAGUGUAGAUGUUAUGUAAAUAUCUAUUGAAGCUCCAUGUUUUAUGGACAAUGAAGCUGCCUCUGAAGUUUGUCUAUGAGUAUGUCAUACACUUAUUGUUGUAACUCUGUUCUUUAUGAGGACAACAUGUGGGUCAUGUAUUCCAUGCAGAAAAAUCAUAGGCUGCUUUCCAGGAAGCACCAGAAAUGGACAGAUAAUUGCAUGUCAUGUAGUUUGGCAAUGACCCGCAAUGCCUGAUGUAAAGUCUAUAUAUUAUGCAUGAGGUUGUCUUAUAUAGCUUUGCAGACAAUCAACCAAGAAUUAUUGCAAGUUUUGCACUA